AUGCAAGUGAGUUACGAUUAUAAUAACCGAAGACGACUAUCGAGUCCAAGUCCCAGCCCUACGAGAGAACCUCAAAGAAAUGGGAAAUCGGAGAACAGUCAUGGGAGCUGGUUCAAGUCCUUGGAUCGACUUUCGAGGAAAAAAACGAAAGUGGGAGAAAAGGAAGGUAACUUCACCAGCGGUACGGAAGACGACCUCCCCUCGAAACCGACGCCCACGAAGAACCUCCGCUUCUUCGGAGAUACCGACGUCGAAUCGAACGACAGCGUUCGCCACAAAUCUGCGAUGAAGUCCCGCUCCGGCCUUACCAUGAAGUCCAGAAGUCAGUCGACGCGUGACCUGCACAACAUAUCUGAGGAACUCAGAACUCCAGAGCCGAUCCAGAGGAAGACUAGCCACAAGUCGAUGACGAACAUUUCCGAAACUGAAAGGGACAUGAGGGGGUCCAGAACAAAUCUGAAGCCGCCGAUGUCUCCAAGUCACGUGGCUCCAAGGAUUCCGUCAAGACAGGAGAAGGAUCGGGGGAGAAGAAGGAAAAACGAGGUCAGCUCGGUGGAAAGCUCCACUGAGGGGGAUAGCAGUCAACAGUCGCAAAGGAGUAUCGUGUAUCUCCACGCUGCAACAGUGGGAGACAUCCCACGUUCCGGCUACCUGCGUAACGGCCGCAGAGCAGCCUCCCGCGAAGAAUUAGCCUCCAACGGCUCCAGUCGCAUGCAGCCCCAGGUGAAAACGCUGAGCAGAUCCUUCUCCGUGCUGGCCCCGUGGAAGCCUCGCCACGCUCGGGAAACCAUGGACAUCGACUACACGCAGUACCCCAAGCCGACCAAGAACGGAAAAUACGAGCAGAAACCCUCGAAGACGACGUCCAACCGCAAGGACAGUUCCUCUACGCUGAAAAAGAAGGCUCAGGAGUCGAGGAAGAACCAGUCGACGCUGAAGAAGUCCAAAUCGAAGGAAAACUUAGGGUCGCAAACCCUGAGGCGGUCUAGGGAGGAGCUGUCCAAGAGCUCUUCGUCGACGCUGUAUAAGAAGAAGGACCGACUCCCGAGGGAGAAUUCCCGCUACAGCAGAGACCGAGACGAGAAGAAAACCGCCUCCAAGUCUCUGUCUGUCGAAUCACUGGGGAGCAACGGGAGGAAGUUCAGGGAGGAAGGAAGGGACAUCUCGAGGUCAGUUUCGAUGCCGAGGGAUCCCGAGAAGUCGGCGGGAUGGUUCAAGAUGUCGAAGAAGAACAAGUUAUCAGGUAGCACACAGAGACUGUGAUGAUUGAAGCUAGAUUAGGUAGGUUAGGCACUCGAGUGGCGUUUGCGUGACUUUGGGGAGAGGCGGAAAGUGCGAGAGCUUGGCAAGUCCAUCUGGAGUAUAGCGCAUAUGAAGUCGACUCGGGGUGGUGUGUGUUGAGAUGGAAUAUUACAGAUCAUUGAACAAGUAAUAAUUUUGUUCAUUUAAAUCAAAGAUUUCCUGGAGAAUUAGUUUUUUUUAACUUUUCGAUCAUUGAAAUUUUAUGCUUCUUUCAAUAUUCACCAAUCAAAAUUCUGUUGAAUUUUUUUUUCAACUCCCCAAAAUAUUGACUUUUUCCUUGUUUUCCUCUUCUUUCUUUUAUUUUAUAUACUCCGAAUCUGAACUAAUGUAAACUCAAA